GCGCGCUCAAUACGUCAAACUUUACGGUUUCAGGGAUCUCAAGUCUUCAACCUUGGAAUCAUUAACGUAACAUGGUAAAACUUUCACAAGGCCGCCUACGAUUUACUAACGUCUAAGUAUACCUACGAGUCCGUUAAAUAUCCACAUUGUGUGAAUCGUUAAGAUUUUCUUUUUAUCACACUGUCUCUACAAACAAAUUUAUUUGUGUUUGUAAUCAUUUUUGUCGUAUGACUAUCCGUACGAUAGUUUGCUGUCGGUACAACGCGAUUAUUACAGCACGCUAUCGGACGGCGCACGAUCUUUGAGCGAGACAAACACGCAGCAGAAACGUGAUACAAGCGAACCGUCUGAACGUGUGGUAUCUUUGCUUUGUCACUGGCAAGUGGCGGUAGCGGUUAAAACAUUCUUAUAAACCUGAAAAAGCAAAUUAAAAGCGAGAUGGAUCAACUGACUGAAUACAUGGAAACGGCUCUGAAAAUAACUAAAGAAGCCGGAAAGGUGAUGUUGGAAGGCUUUCGUAGUACUAAGUCAGUUGAAGUGAAGUCUGCUUCAUGGGACCUCGUGACAGAAUACGACAAACGGGUAGAAACCAUGAUCACAGAAGUACUUUCCAAAGCAUACCCAUCACACAAGUUCAUCGGGGAGGAAACCUCGGCUGCGGAUAAAAGGAAACCGGAACUGACCGCCGCGCCGACGUGGAUCAUCGACCCCAUAGACGGCACCACCAACUUCGUGCACGGCUUCCCCGUGACGGGCAUCUGCGUCGGGCUGGCCGUGGGCAAGGAGGUGGUGGCGGGCAUCGUGUACAACCCCGUGCUGGAGCACAUGUUCACGGCCGUCAAGGGCCGGGGGGCCUUCCUCAACGACAAGCCGAUACACAUCUCCAGAGCGACGGAUCUGUCCAGUUCAAUAGUGAGCUAUGAAAUAUCAUUCGCUCGAGACGCUGCAAUCCGGGAUUUCAUCAUGAAGAGGGGUCUGGCUCUGGUGUCCAGAGCGAGAGCAAUGCGCUGCAUCGGCUCGGCCGCUGUCGCGAUGUGCUUCGUCGCAAUGGGGAGCCUGGACAUGUACCACAUCGAUGGCAUACAAUGCUGGGACGUAGCAGCCAGCUCCAUCAUAGUUCAAGAGGCAGGCGGCGUCGUCACUAACUCGGACGGUAGCAAAUUUGACGUGAUGUCUGGCACAAUACUGUGCGCUGGGACGGACCAACUACUCAGAGAAGCGGUGGAAUGCUUAAAGAAAGCUGAUGCUUCGUAAACAUCGGUUUGGCUGCUCUACAAAGCACAUAGCUUCAUGGCGCUGGUUAUUACUACUUCUGCAAGCGCAAAACAUCAGUCGAGUGGGAAAGAGCCUGUAUUGAUUUGUGUCGCAGGACCUUUACAAUAGUAUAAAGUGAAAAUAAUGUUAGUAUUAGACAAAUAAAAAAUUACUGUUU